AUGCUCCCAACACUGGUACUGCUCAUCUUCUGCAGUUUCCUGCACUCUGCCGCUUUUGAAGGAAAUUAUUGGUCCCCCAUUCUUCUCCAAAAACAGAAAGAAUCUCUACAAAGAAUUUUGAGCAAGGAUUCCUGUUCUACCUGGGGAGGAGGGCAUUUUUCAACCUUUGAUAAAUACCAGUAUGACUUCAGUGGGACUUGCAACUACAUCUUCGCAACUGUAUGUGAUGAGACCAGCCCAGACUUCAACGUUCAGUUCCGUCGUGGGCUGGACAAAAAAAUUGCAAGGAUCAUUAUUGAGCUUGGACCUUCUGUUGUCAUUGUUGAGAAAGGCAGCAUUUCUAUCAGGAGUAUUGGUGUCAUUCAGCUGCCUUACACCAGCAAUGGAAUCCAAAUAGCACCUUAUGGACGCAACAUCCGCCUGGUAGCCAAGCUGAUGGAGAUGGAACUGGUGGUAAUGUGGAACAAUGAUGACUACCUCAUGGUUUUGGCUGAAAAAAAAUACAUGGGGAAAACAUGUGGAAUGUGUGGGAACUAUGAUGGUUAUGAAUUGAAUGAAUUUGUCCGUGAAGGUAAAUUGCUGGAUACAUAUAAAUUUGCUGCAUUACAAAAAAUGGAUGAUCCAUCAGAGAUCUGCCUGUCUGAGGAGAUACCAAUUUCUGCUGUUCCUCACAAAAAAUAUGCUGUGAUCUGCUCUCAGCUACUUAAUUUGGUGUCACCAACCUGCAGUGUGCCCAAGGAUAGGUUUGUCAUUCGUUGCCAGCUUGAUAUGCAGGACUGCAGUGAGCCAGGACAAAACAACUGCACUUGCUCUACACUGUCAGAGUAUUCCAGGCAAUGUGCCAUGUCCCACCAAAUGGUGUUCAACUGGAGAACUGAAAACUUCUGCUCUGUGGGAAAAUGUUCUGCAAACCAAAUCUAUGAGGAAUGUGGUUCUCCGUGUAUUAAAACCUGUUCCAACCCAGAGUACAGCUGUUCCAAUCACUGUACCUAUGGCUGCUUUUGUCCAGAAGGAACUGUUCUUGAUGAUAUCUCAAAGAAUCGGACAUGUGUUCACAUCAGCCAGUGUCCAUGUACACUGAAUGGGAAAACAUAUGCUCCUGGUGAGACAAUGAAAGCAGCUUGUAGGACCUGUAAAUGUGUGAUGGGUCAGUGGAACUGCAAAGAUUUGCCCUGCCCUGGAAGGUGUUCACUGGAAGGAGGCUCCUUUGUUACCACGUUUGAUUCGAGGCCAUAUCGAUUCCACGGGGUUUGCACUUAUGUUCUUAUGAAGAGUUCCAGCCUGCCACACAAUGGAACCCUAAUGGCUGUGUAUGAAAAGACUGGUUAUUCUCAUUCUGAAACCUCACUUAGUGCUAUAAUUUACCAAUCUGCAAAGGACAAAAUUGUGAUUUCUCAGAAUGAUCUCCUUACUGAUGAUGAUGAACUCAAGCGGCUGCCUUACAGAUCAGGAGACAUCACUGUUUUCAGACAGUCCUCCAUGUACGUUCAGAUGCAUACAAACUUUGGGCUGGAACUUGCAGUUCAAACGUCGCCUGUGUUCCAGGCCUACGUGAAAGUUGGAUCACAAUUCAAAGGCAGAACACUUGGUUUGUGUGGCAAUUACAAUGGAGACACUACAGAUGACUUCAUGACUAGCAUGGACAUCACUGAAGGCACAGCCUCCCUGUUUGUAGAUUCCUGGAGGGCAGGAAAUUGCCAUCCUGCCUUAGAGAGAGAGACUGACCCUUGCGCUUUGAGCCAACUGAACAAAAUAUCUGCUGAGACUCAUUGCUCCAUUCUGACCAAGAAGGGGACAGUGUUUGAGAAAUGCCAUGCUGUGGUGAACCCUAUUCCUUUCUACAAGAGAUGUGUCUACCAAGCCUGUAAUUAUGAGGAGACCUUUCCUUAUAUUUGUUCUGCUCUGGGAUCAUAUGCACGAGCAUGCAGUUCCAUGGGUUUAAUCCUUGAGAACUGGAGGAGCAGUAUGGACAAUUGCACCAUUACUUGCACUGGCAAUCAAACAUUCAGCUACAACACUCAGGCAUGUGACAGGACAUGCUUGUCACUCUCCAACCGAGCCCUGGAAUGCCAUCCAACUGAUAUUCCUAUUGAAGGCUGCCAGUGUCCUAAAGGAAUGUACCUGAACCACAAGAAUGAGUGUGUUCAUAAAUCUCAUUGUCCUUGCUACUUAGAGGACAGAAAGUACAUCCUGCCUGACCAGUCAACAAUGACUGGUGGGAUCACCUGCUACUGUGUUAAUGGGAGGCUAAGCUGCACAGGCAAACCUCAAAAUCCUGCAGAAAACUGCAAAGCUCCUAAGAAAUACAUAUCAUGUUCUUCUGACAAUUUAGAAAACAAGUAUGGAGCUGCAUGUGCCCCUACCUGUCAAAUGCUGGCUACUGGAAUUGAAUGUAUACCCACAAAGUGUGAAUCAGGCUGUGUCUGUGCUGAUGGCCUCUAUGAAAAUCUUGAUGGCAAGUGUGUGCCAGCUGAGGAGUGUCCAUGUGAAUAUGGUGGCCUUGCUUAUGGAAGAGGUGAACAAAUCCAGACAGAAUGUGAUAUCUGCACUUGCACGAAAGGCAAAUGGAAAUGUGUUCAGAAAACAAGGUGUUCCUCCACCUGUAAUCUGUAUGGAGAAGGCCACAUCACCACCUUUGAUGGACAGCGUUUUGUGUUUGAUGGCAACUGUGAAUACAUAUUAGCUAUGGAUGGCUGCAGUGUUAACAGACCCAUUUCCUCUUUCAAAAUUGUUACUGAGAAUGUCAUCUGUGGGAAAUCAGGAGUUACGUGCUCCAGAUCCAUCAGCAUUUACCUUGGGAAUCUGACAAUCAUACUGAGAGAUGAAACCUUCGCUAUCUCUGGGGAAAAUCCUGGUAUAAAAUACAAAGUGAAAAAGAAUGCCCUUCACCUGAUGUUUGAUAUCAUUAUCCCAGGAAAAUACAACAUGACUCUUAUUUGGAAUAAGCACAUGAACUUCUUCAUCAAGAUCUCCAGAGAAACACAGGAAACCAUCUGUGGUUUGUGUGGUAACUAUAAUGGCAACAUGAAGGAUGACUUUGAAACUCGAAGCAAGUAUGUGGCAUCAAACGAGCUGGAAUUCGUCAACUCUUGGAAAGAGAAUCCCCUCUGUGGGGAUGUGUACUUUGUAGUGGACCCCUGUAGCAAGAACCCUUAUCGUAAAGCAUGGGCAGAAAAGACAUGUUCCAUCAUCAACAGCCAUGUUUUUUCUGCCUGUCACAAUAAGGUGAAUCGGAUGCCCUACUACGAGGCCUGUGUCCGAGACUCCUGUGGGUGUGACAUUGGAGGGGACUGCCAGUGCAUGUGUGAUGCCAUCGCAGUCUAUGCCAUGGCAUGCUUGGAAAAGGGCAUCUGCAUUGACUGGAGGACUCCUGAGUUCUGUCCUGUCUAUUGUGAGUAUUACAAUUCUCAUAAAAGAAAAGGAAUUGAUGAUGCUUUUUCCCAUGGCUACGAUGAUGACAAAUGCACCUGGCACUACAGGCCUUGUAACUGUCCAAAUCAAAACUACAAAUAUGUCAAUAUUGAAGGCUGUUACAACUGCUCUCAUGAUGAAUACUUUGACCAUGAAGAAGAAAGGUGCAUGCCAUGUGCAGUGCAACCUAAAGUAACAGGAAGCUCUACCAUGAGCACACUUCCAACAGUACCUAGUACUUCUUCUGCAACAACUGUAUCACCUGAGACUACAAAUCCAACAAUAACUGCAAAAAUUACAGUUCCAAGAACUUCACCCUCAAAACCUCUUGUCACAAUAAAGUCAACUACUGAGAGUGAGGGAACUGAAGCAACCACUCUGCACUACCCAGAAGUUGUCACCCACUUAAGAACAACCUUGACACAGCCUGUGCAGCACUUCAUGACACAGACACAGACCACCCCUCCCACAUCCACCAGCAGCACCUCUGUCCCGAGAGAUACCAACCCUGCCACCAGCCCAGAAGCUCCACUGACAAGGACAUUUCCAAGCUCCACCUCUUUGCCUGUCACUUCAGCCUCAUCUGCUUCUUCCCUCUCCUCAACUCAGCUGGGAACAUCAUAUCCUGCAAGGGAGCCAACCAGAGCUAAGACACCAACUACUAAAGUAGUACCAGCCUUCACCCACAAACAGUCAACUGUGCCACACAUUGGGCCGCCUGUGACCACAGAGAAGAUCACAGCCACCACCUCCAUCAGCAGCACCUCCAGGACCUCUUUCUCCACAGGGAUCAACCCACCAAGCAGCACAGAAGCCCCUCUGGAAACAGCCUCUCCACAUCCCAGCUCUCCACCUGCCCCCAGCAGCCCGCUCAGCACCCGGCUGCCAUCCACUGCCACCACUUCCACAUCCUCCUCCACAGCAGCUCCCAGCACCAGACCCAGGCCCACACCUACAACCCUGAGCACGGCCAAAACCAGCACGCUGCCAUCACCUGCUUCUUCUCCCUCCUCAACUGUGUCCUCAACAUGGCUCAGCUCCGCACAGCCUGCCUUCACCCACAAACAGUCAACUGUGCCACACAUUGGGCCACCUGUGACCACAGAGAAGAUCACAGCCACCACCUCCAUCAGCAGCACCUCCAGGACCUCUUUCUCCACAGGGAUCAACCCACCAAGCAGCACAGAAGCCCCUCUGGAAACAGCCUCUCCACAUCCCAGCUCUCCACCUGCCCCCAGCAGCCCGCUCAGCACCCGGCUGCCAUCCACUGCCACCACUUCCAUAUCCUCCUCCACAGCAGCUCCCAGCACCAGACCCAGGCCCACACCUACAACCCUGAGGCCCAGGGCUUCUUCCCCAACCACAGCCAGUGCUGCAAAGGAGUCUCCAGUCACAGAGUCCUCUGCUCCCACCACGGCCAAAACCAGCACGCUGCCAUCACCUGCUUCUUCUCCCUCCUCAACUGUGUCCUCAACAUGGCUCAGCUCCGCACAGCCUGCCUUCACCCACAAACAGUCAACUGUGCCACACAUUGGGCCACCUGUGACCACAGAGAAGAUCACAGCCACCACCUCCAUCAGCAGCACCUCCAGAACCUCUGUCUCCACAGAAGUGCCUCUGGAAACCUCUCCACAUCCCAGCUCUCCACCUGCCCCCAGCAGCCCGCUCAGCACCCGGCUGCCAUCCACUGCCACCACUGCCACAUCCUCCUCCACAGCAGCUCCCAGCACCAGCCCCAGGCCCACACCUACAACCCUGAGGCCCAGGGCUUCUUCCCCAACAACCAGUGCUGCAAAGGAGUCUCCAGUCACAGAGUCCUCUGCUCCCACCACGGCCAAAAUCAGCACGCUGCCAUCACCUGCUUCUUCUCCCUCCUCAACUGUGUCCGCAACAUGGCUCAGCUCCUCACACCUGGCAGCCUUCACCCACAAACAGUCAACUGUGCCACACAUUGGGCCGCCUGUGACCACAGAGAAGAUCACAGCCACCACCUCCAUCAGCAGCACCUCCAGGACCUCUGUCUCCACAGGAGCCAGCCCACCAAGCAGCACAGAAGUGCCUCUGGAAACAGCCUCUCCACAUCCCAGCUCUCCACCUGCCCCCAGCAGCCCGCUCAGCACCCGCUCUUCCACUGCCACCACUUCCACAUCCUCCUCCACAGCAGCUCCCAGCACCAGCCCCAGGCCCACACCUACAACCCUGAGGCCCAGGGCUUCUUCCCCAACAACAACCAGUGCUGCAAAGGAGUCUCCAGUCACAGAGUCCUCUGCUCCCACCACGGCCAAAACCAGCACACUGCCAUCACCUGCUUCUUCUCCCUCCUCAACUGUGUCCUCAACAUGGCUCAGCUCCUCACAGCCUGCAGCCUUCACCCACAAACAGUCAACUGUGCCACACAUUGGGCCGCCUGUGACCACAGAGAAGAUCACAGCCACCACCUCCAUCAGCAGCACCUCCAGAACCUCUGUCUCCACAGGAGCCAGCCCACCAAGCAGCACAGAAGUGCCUCUGGAAACAGCCUCUCCACAUCCCAGCUCUCCACCUGCCCCCAGCAGCCCGCUCAGCACCCGGCUGCCAUCCACUGCCACCACUUCCAUAUCCUCCUCCACAGCAGCUCCCAGCACCAGCCCCAGGCCCACACCUACAACCCUGAGGCCCAGGGCUUCUUCCCCAACCAUAGCCAGUGCUGCAAAGGAGUCUCCUGUCACAGAGUCCUCUGCUCCCACCACGGCCAAAACCAGCACGCUGCCAUCACCUGCUUCUUCUCCCUCCUCAACUGUGUCCUCAACAUGGCUCAGCUCCUCACAGCCUGCAGCCUUCACUUACAAACAGUCAACUGUGCCACACAUCGGGCCGCCUGUGACCACGCACAAGACCAGAGCCACCACCUCCAUCAGCAGCACCUCCAGGACCUCUUUCUCCACAGGAGCCAGCCCACCAAGCAGCACAGAAGCCCCUCUGGAAACAGCCUCUCCACAUCCCAGCUCUCCACCUGCCCCCAGCAGCCCGCUCAGCACCCGGCUGCCAUCCACUGCCACCACUUCCACAUCCUCCUCCACAGCAGCUCCCAGCACCAGCCCCAGUACAACAUCCGUGCCUACAUCCCUGACUACUUCCACAUUUAGGUCUGCUCAGAGCACUACACAUCCUUACUUCCAUAACAUCACAUUGACUCCACAUGGCAAAACAUCUUCAUUCGCUGUCCCUGCCAGUAUCUCUGCCCAGUCUAGGCCAGCGUUGAUCCCAACUGUUUUGUCUACAACUAUUACCUUUGCUCCCCAUGUUAUCACGACGGCUUCUACAGAGUCAGUUGAACAGAGUUCCCUGCGAACAACAACACUGACCACUGCCCGCACAACAUCAUCUCCUCCUCUCACCUCUGGACUUUCAACAUCCCUGUCCUCUGUUGUGCCAUCAACAGUGCCACGCGAGCAUUGUAGAGAAGCUGAAUAUGAAGAAGAAAUAACUUACAAAGGCUGUUCCACAAAUGUCACUUUGAGCCGUUGUGAAGGAUCAUGUUCCUCUUCAACAAAGCUGGAUGUUGAGAAGAUGAUGGUCAUCACAACAUGUGGCUGCUGUAGGCCACUUGAACUUCUUAAGAAGCAAUUCCAACUGCCAUGCCAAGACCCAGAUAACCCUGGAAGAAGGCUCACCACAGAAAUAAUUGCAUUUAGUGGCUGUGUGUGCGACUUUGACAGUUGUACACACUAGCCAGACCUGAUGGCUGCAGAUACCAUUUUUUGUAAUUAAACCCUGAUCACAAGUUAAUCCUUCCACAGCUCAUUGCUGGGUUCUCUUGUACCGAUUACACAGGACAGCCUUGCUGUCACACUGCCUGAGCAGCUGCCUGGACUACCAAUGGAGUCACCAGAUAAAGUAUUCCUGAUCAGGAGCAGGGUGGGGUGCAAAGGAGGAAAUAAAGAACAGGCACAGAAAUAAAGAACAGGUUGAGGGUGGGGAGCAGGAGGGAAGACAAGAAACUGUUUGGCCUUGCUCAGGGUGAUUUAUUCAACCAGAGGCUAAAACCUGGCCCAUGCACUGGGCAGUAUCAGAAAUUUAAUGUUCAAAUAAAGUAGAAGGAAUUGAAUUUGCUAACUUCUUUCUCCUUAUUUGACCAAAUAUUUAAACUGAAAAAUAGUCUAUUAGGUUCACUACAGUCAACUUGACCUGUGGAAGAGCACACUACUUGAGUGGGAGAAGGAAAGUGACCUGUUCCCUGCCUUUGAAAGUGGACACAGCAUAUGUGUCAUCAUCCACAGAUGACAGGGCUGGAAAGCAAGGUGCUGCACGACCCAAAGGUGAAUGGUGAGGUUUCCACAAGCACCCUUAGUAUGGUGGGACAUUUCUAGAAAGGUAACUAACAUACACAUGGAGCAGCUUUGGGAUGAAGCUGAAGGCAUUCCUCGCCAAGAAAUCAAAGCCCACACGCAUCUAACAGAAUACAAGUGGUUCACUCACAAGCAAUUUCUACUUGCUGGGACUCCAGACGAACUUUACUUUGUUGCAAGUCAUUUAAGAAAAAGCUGUAUGAUUGCAGAAAAGCUCAGAGUGCCCUUUUUUCCCUUUCAGCAAAUAUAAGAAAAGAACCUGAAGCAUACAUUCAAAGCUUAUGAGGUUAUUUAGCAGUUCAGAUUACUCUUCUUCUACAGUGCCAUCAACCCUGCAUCCAAUACAGGUGUGUGCUGCUUAGCCUGAACCCCACUAUUAGAGCAGUUUACUGCAGCAAGCACUGCUCAAGUACUUACUGCUGUUAAACACUCUAGGGAGAAAGAUUUUACACCUGAGGCUUUUUAAAAAUAGAGUAUUUAUAAUUUGUAACCAAACGAGAGCAAAAUCAAACUCACUUACUGGGGGAGCAGAAAUCCAUAGACCAGGUAGGACUCCAGUGAACAAACCCACCAGUGUUUCUCAGUUUCUCA